AUGUCCGGCAACCCAGAACCUGGCAGCGAUCCGUUUGCGUCGACGACGGAGGCCUUGGAUCGUGCGCGGGAUCGUCAAAGUACGACAAGAUACGCAGAAUCCGUGCAAGUCGUUCCGAGUAAUUCAAUGGAAGACGACAACAUAGAAGUCCUUCAUCUUGAUUCGGAAAGCGAUAAACUCGGCAGCCUUCGUAAAUCUGCCCGGAGAUCGCACCGCAACAAACCGAAGGAUUCCAGCCACUUACCGUCCGGCAGCAAUCACACAACAUCGAGUACCCUUUCAUCGACGCAGCAACAGUUGUAUGACAAGGAUGGCAGCAUUUACGACGCCUUACCUCCAGAAUACCGUCACAAUCCGCAGGCGACCGAGCCCAUCCUCCACUAUUUGCCCAAGUUGGUCGAGACGGCGGAACUCCUCUCCUUGCGGGACCUACUGCAAGCCGCCGAACAAGACGUGCGUCUGCACCGGGCGCGCGUCAAGGCGAGUUUGGAAAAAGAUACGCGUCUCGUGCGGACCUACCAGCUCGCUACGGAUCCCUCCUACCAAGCGCGACAAGCGCGCUUGAAACAGCGAGAGAAGGGAUUACGCGACUUGCGCACCAAUGCGGACGCGAUUUGGCAAGCCCUCGACGAAACGGCUCAGACACAGGGGCUCACACAGGCCGAACGUACGGAUCUCCAACUCCAACGCUGGCAGCGAGCGCUGGAAUGGUUCGUUGCCUGCCAACCCGAGAACGUAUCUUGGCAAGAUUUGCUAGAAAAGCUACUCGCCGGUGUCUCGGAAGAUCAGGAUGUCUCGGUUAUUCUGGGACAAGCCGCUGACAUGUGUCGAGAUCUUGUUCAGGAGUCACAUCAGGCUGUCCUGGACGCCAAAGAACAGACGGGAGAGUUGGAAGCCUCCUAUGUAGUCAAACUCGAAGCGCACCAGCUCUUCGCCCGGACCUGUCUGGAACAAGUUCAACAGAUCCAAGAAAGCUUUCAAACGUCCGGUAAGGCGGCUUUGCAAAUUGGUCACCAGCUCGAACACGCUGAAUGGAAAAGGUCACAAUGUGAAGCUGCAUCGAUUCUCAUUCGACGCUGGUGGAUUUUGGAGAAUCUCGCCGAGCAAGAAGCAUCCACCGGAAUCCCAAUUGCCGUAGAAGAAGAAGUUGGAGGUCAGGUCCGUAGCGCCACCUGUAAAAUGGAUCCACUCUUCACCGAACCUGAAAAUUCUCUCGAAGCCUCCAAGGCCUUGAAGGCUCUGCGGGCGGUAUUACGCACCCGCGGCAGUGGCACCGCCACGGGAAGCGCGAUCGAUACAGCUACGACUCGUUCAGGAGACAACCCCAUACGCACCCGACGCUUCGAUUUGACGUCUAGCUUGAUCUCCCGUACCAGUGAGGCCUUGGAACAAAGGCUGCUGAAUGGCUUUUCUAAAGUCUACACAGCGGGCGGAACGUACGAUUUUUCGUCGAAACCACGACCCGGGGCUAUUGACUGGCGAGAAUUAAGAGGUCUCGCGCAAGCUUUGCUGCUGUUCGACUCCGGACGGUCCCUUCAUAAGCGCUACGUGGACAUGGUGGUCACGUACCGAUUUCCAGAGCUAUUCAUUGUGCAAUCCAGAGGCUUUCCAAAGAGAAAUUCGGAUAGUCGUAGUGAUGCCUUCGAUGUCGAUUCAACGCGGACAGAAUUGUCCAAUUUGUUCCACCAAGUAAGGGACGUCUGUACGGCCGAAUUUGAAUUGAUUGCGCACGUGUUUGGGUCGGAAAACGCACGAACAGAUUUGCUUGAGGGAAGCGAAGAAAUGCCGCUCGUUGUGGCGAGGGCCCUUUUACAACGGGUAGUGAGUGAUCCCAAGAACGGUUUGCAAGCGCGCAUAAACGAAUUGCUAGCAAAUAUUGAUCGUGUGGGAGACUUUGACGUUGGUGCCAAGAAAUUGGAUACUUUUGUGGUGGUGCACGAAAAAGCGGCGAAUCUCUUUUCGUUGCUGCGCGAUGCUGCAGAUCACAUGGUGCCGAAGAACAAGAAUAAUAUCAAGAAUAGGAUUGCCGUCGCCGUUGGAGACGCUAGUACCGAGACCGCUGUUGAUUCUCUGAAGGGUUUUUUGACGUCUCAGGAACUCGCUUUAACCAAUACCCAUCGUCAAGGCUACAUCAAUUUGGAGCUUCGCCUUUUACAUCACGACUGCUGUAGUAGUCUUGAUCAAGCAGGAUGCACUUUGGUCAAGGCACCCGUUACGGAGCCGAACACUACCUUGGCGGAAAAGGGCAUUUUGGAAGAAUAUCGUGCGCCUGUGCUGCCCUUGCACAAGGAUUCCCUUCGUCAAAGUGGGUACACUGGUAUUCUUUCCGGUCCCUUGAAACAAUCGAUUCUACGACAGCCCCUGAUACAUGCGGCAGACUCCUUAGCCCGAGCUCGUCUCAUGUUCGGGACCACGAAACGUGGAGGCGAGACAACUGCUCGCGUCAUUCUCGGGAUCUAUACACAAAUGUGUUCAUUCUAUGGCGAUUGCUUUCUCUAUCCUAUUAUGGAAUCGUUACGUGAAAUGCUACCAUCGAAUCCUCCGGCACAAGCUCCGCAACUCCCUUUUGACGAAGAAGCCGAUGCGCCUGAUUUAGGAGUUUCGCGAGCCUUUUGGGUCGCUUUGGAGCGAGUGCAUUCGGCCGCGAAAUCAUUCGAUCGCGAGCUGUGGGCUGAGAACCGUCCGGACAGUCAACGCGUAUGGGACAUUCUGACCAUGUGCGGGGACGAAGGUGCGUUGGCAAUUGCGAAAAAUAUGCGAAUGCACCUGUACGCGGAACUGGAACGUCGAGGUGAAAUGGCAAUUGUACGCGCUUUGGAUACGUUGAGCACACACGUGCAGUGGUUGCUAGUGUCGGGCGGCGAGUCCAUGAUGGCAACGGGCGGAACACGAAUAUUUAACCAGCUUACCGGACAGUCGGGAGGGCCAUACGCAAUCCCGUCCGGAUCUUCGCUCGACACACCCAAUAGUCCUGCAGUCAAAUCCUUGACGUAUUGCUUGCGGGUGCAGUUUGUACACGUUCAAGCGGCUUUGUCAGCGUCCUCCUUAGCCAAUUUCUGGACGGCUCUUUCGAUGCGUGUAUACGAUAUCCUGGUUGCCCGGUUGCUUCAGCAUUAUCAAGUUUCGACUGUUGGUGCCGUUAUUUUGUCUCGUGAUGUUGAAGCUCUCCGAUCGGUGGCCAUGCUGGCCGGGACGGAUCACUCCCACUGGGAUACGUUACGCGAAUUAUUGACCUUAUACAUGACUCCCCCAGACGCCAUCAAGACGAUGCUGGCCGGAGCUGAUGGUGAUGCUGCGAAAGGACUUUUUGCAAAAGCUGGACGCGACCGGUGUCUCGUUUUCUUGAGUCGCCGAAACGACUACCGCUUCAAGACGGCAGCAGGCCCGAAAAAGAGCAGCUGGGUCACCGACUUGCUCACAGAAUUGAACGUGACGGAUCCAUCCGAUGGCGUGAUAAAUAUUGGAUCGUUUGCUGCGGAGCACCGCGAACCCUCUGGACUUCGCUGGCUUCGGAAAACCAAAACCAAAACCUCGACACCUUGUCCUCUCGCAACCCAUGGCAUAGAAUAUCUUCCAUCUGCAUCGUGGUUUCCUUUGGCUGGAAAGAGUGUCAACUCUUUCGUCGUCACAAGGCUGUCUGAAGAUCUGCAGUCAGUGCCAGCAUCGUCCGUUCGAUUAACGGGAUGCACUGGGAGACGAAGAAAAAGGUCGUCCACAUCAUUCCAUAGUGACAGCAUACCGAUACCUUUUGAGCUGACAUUCUACAGCAUGCCUCCCACUUGCGCGCAAACGAUCUAUCCCGUGGCUGUGAUUGCAUCGGUUACAAAACAAAUGAAUGCGGCAUUGACGACAUUGAAGGACGAAAUUCCAUCCACCAUGCAACUGCAGCCGUCGGUCAGACGCGCAGACUUGCUGGAUUCGUUGGCAAGUAGCUUUUCUGCCGAUCACGCGUUGCAGAAAAAGUUUGGAUGGCUUUUUCUCUCACAAUGUGCGUUUUUGUUACAGAUGAUCGAAGUUUCGUUCCGGCCCAAGAUCGAGGAAGCCCCAAUAGCAAUAUCCAGUGACACAUCCUGGAAGGAGGUGACAGUGCAAGAAGGUGACGUCCUUCGAGGAGAAGAAAUGAUUCGACGGCAUACCGGUGCCGUAGGGACCAUUAUCUUUGUCGUACGACGCCCUGGUACGCAAACUCCAUUCCUGGUCGCGUUGACGCUCUCCGUGCUCGUGGCCUUGUAUCCGGACUACUUUAUUGGUUACGAAAUUGUGGGCGUGAUCAAAGAAGUUGGCGUCGAUGAUGCGGGACUCGUCGAGUUUCAGCACGAGUACUUUCGCUUUCCUCUGUACCGCGAUCGGUCGUACGCCUUUUACCGUGCGCUGGGGGAUCGCAAAGUCGGCUUGGCCAUUCUCUGGAAUCCCUUGUCGUUGGUGUCUCUGAUGUGCGAUGCUUACCAGCGCCUACGCGCGAAAGAAAUCGGAGGCACUACCAAAGGGGAAGGACUCGUGCAGGGUGGCAUACUCGUGUUUCGUGGAACGGAACCGCGCGCCAUGUAUCAAGAGCAAACGGGAUCCGACGUGCCCGCAGUCGACAUUGUUUCGGCACUGCAAGCCAUCCGGAAGGAAGCGUAGGCACGGAUCAGGACUAAAAAAGGUCGUUGAGUCGACCAUUUCGAAAACCGCAGGCGAGAGUGAGAACGUGAGGUCGUACCGAGCAACGGAAGUAUCACACAGCUUGCGUAAUUUUUUCUCUCUCUCUCUUUAGAGAGCGAUUUGGCUGACCGUAAAUGUCGCGUGACGUGGACUGAUUUGGGAAGAAUGACAACGCUGACGCCGCGAGAAAGCAUCUCCCGCGUUGGUGUUUGACCGCAUUUCCAAGCAGACAGGCAAGGAGUACCGAUCCAUCCCUACUAGAGGUGUCAUUAGCGUAUAACCUAUACUUCUAGUAGUAGGAGAGUAGAGCAG